AUGUUAUACUUCGCACUCAUUGCAUGGUCCCCCGACCCAAUAGUGACACGCGACUCCGAAAAGAAAUACCGCUCAUACAAGCAUCCCAGCAAUCCCCAACUCCUGCCACUUCUCUCCGACCCGAGUACCGUCGACCUCAGUGUCGUCAUCCCCGCCUACAACGAGACCGAACGCCUCCCCAUCAUGCUCGCAUCUGCUAUCGACCACCUCAGCACAACGACGCACUCAUUCGAAGUGCUCAUCGUCGACGACGGCUCCUCUGAUGACACCUCCGCCGCGUCCCUCCGCCUCGCGGGCAAGUACCCAAAAUGCGAUAUCCGCGUAGUAACGCUGGAGAAGAACCUGGGCAAGGGCGGUGCAGUGCGCCAUGGGAUGCUCUACGCGAGCGGGGAGAAGCUCUUGAUGGUCGAUGCAGACGGAGCAAGCCGGUUCAAUGACCUGGAACUGCUCUGGCGUGCCAUGGGCGACAUCGCGCCAGACAGUGGUCCUGGCGUCGUCGUCGGGAGUCGCGCACACCUUGUCAGAACGGACGCGGUCGUGAAGCGCUCGCUACUCCGGAACAUCCUCAUGUACGGACUACACACCAUCCUGCGAAUCGUAGGCGUCGGGCACAUCCGCGAUACCCAAUGCGGGUUCAAGUUGUUCUCGCGCUCUGCGGCGCAGCAGAUAUUUCCUCAACAGCACCUGCCGACAUGGAUAUUCGACGUCGAGCUCCUCCUCCUCGCCAAGCAGCUCCGUAUACCCGUCGCGGAAGUGCCUAUCGACUGGCAUGAGGUUCCAGGAAGUAAACUGAACGUUGUCACAGCGUCCUUGCAGAUGUUGAGGGACUUGCUGAUCGUUAGGGCAAAUCAUUUAUUGGGGAGGUGGAGGGCAUCAUCAGCUAAGAUUAAAACAGAUUGA